CAGAUGUCCAACACACAAACAGAGAACAGAUAACACAAAUGAACUUGCAGGCUUCUUCAGCUUCUUCAAAUGGUUCAAAAGAUAACCGGUACACCAUCAAGCCAGAGGACGACACCUGGGCGCAAGUGAAGAGUACCUUACACUUCCUUCUGACGGUGACACGGGUUUACUCCAGAGGCUGAGUGGGUAGAGGAGAACAGGAGAGGUGCUAUCAAGUGUGUGUGAAUUGUGAGUAAAGUUGCCGCGAAAGACAAAAAGGAAACGGAGAAAAGUGAGAGCAUGAGGUCUGGAUGUGGGAGUGUGAACUCUGAGGACCAGGCCGUGGAGUGUAAGGACGAGCACGAGGACCGCCCAUGCUCCUCUCCGGAGCUCGGGCAGAGAGCGUCAGAGCAGACGCCAGGCCUCACCACAUCAGAACAGAUCCCUUCGCCACUCAUGUUAAGACUGUCGAACCCUUUGAUCAGGUCACCUCAGACGUCUCUGCUGUUACAACAGUUCUCCAGUGAAGAGAUGGGCAAACAGCUGAUGCAGCUGACAUCAGUGGCACCUGCAGUCACUCAGAGCAGACCCUCAGUCCUCAGACAGCCUCCUCAUCCUCUCCAUCCGCAACAAGAUCAGCCAAGAUGGCGGUCAGACCCUUAUUCCGAGGAGACCUCUCACCCUGGCAGACAGUACCUCAUGGCAUUAAUGGGACAGUCAUCUCAGUCCACCAGUCAAACAGACCAGUCCUGCACACCGAGCCAGCACAGGAAAUCCAGGAGCCGCACACAUCACGAGCAUUGUCAGUCUCCAGAGCCCUACAGCCUCCUUUAUGCGAACGGACAUUGUCGAUGGCCAGGAUGUGAAGAGAGGUGUCAAGAGUACACAGAUUUCUUACGGCACCUUGACAGUGAGCAUACUUUCGAUGCUGAAGGCACUGUGCAGUGGAACCUCCAGCGAGAUCUGGUGCAGCGCAUGGAGAACCAGUUAAUGUUGGAAAAACAGAAGCUCCAUGAAAUGGCAUGCCACCUCAAUACACCUGACCAGAAAUCAGAGAUAUCACCUGGGCAGAGCUCUGCCAGCUCUGCCAGCUCUGUCCUGCUCUCGCGUGCCAGCCUGGCAGAGGGAGUGGGCCGAUCAGAGGGGGCAUAUGGAGCGCAUGCCAGUGCCAGCGAGGAACCAGUGGAGCGGGGGCUUCCAAAAUUAUGGCACGCACCCCUCCCACAGCACCUGCUGCCAGAUAUGAUUCACAGCUUCGAUGUCUAUAAAUACACCAACAUUAGACCUCCGUACACAUAUGCUUGCCUUAUACGAUGGUCCAUCGUUGAGGCUCCCGAAAGGCAGAGGACUCUUAAUGAAAUCUAUAACUGGUUCAUGCAGAUGUUCUGCUACUUCCGACACAACAACUCGGCCUGGAAGAAUGCAGUGCGCCACAACCUGAGCCUGCACAAGUGUUUUGUGCGAGUGGAAGGGGGGAAGGGAGCGGUGUGGACCGUGGAUGAGACCGAGUUUCAGAAGAGGAAGAAGCAGAAAUUCUGCCAGGACUACAUGGUGAGAUGGCUGACACCCUAUUAGUCUUCCCUCAAUGCCAGACGCUCAUUCACGCAGUUCAGUGCAGUGCAGCAUGGUAUGGCAGCUGUACUAAUGGCAGUUCUUACUAAGCAGAGGCUAUAAGCGCGAGGUACAGGACGACUGACCCUGAUGAUGGCAGUGAUUACCUGAGCAAUGGAGUACAUGACCCCAUCAUCACAAAAAUGAAAAUGUCUACCCCUUCAAUUUCAGAUGCUCAAACUGUGCCUUUUCCUCUAAGCGUACUUACUGUGUAGAUAUUUUUUUUUUGCUUUUGUUUGUUUGUUUAUUUUA